AUGUGCGGCUGUAUCGCGGCCAUGCGUCAGAUGAAAGUGGGCGGUUCGGUGACACGACAGAUGGAUGGAACACAAAGCUACAGCUCCAAGUGCUGCUGCAACAUUUUAUCUAUUGAGAUACGUGCUGUCCGCGUUAGCAUUUUAUCUCUUGAGGUACGUGUUGUCCGCGUUAGCAUUUUAUCUCUUGAGGUACGUGUUGUCCGCGUUAGCAUUUUAUCUCUUGAGGUACGUGUUGUCCGCGUUAGCAUUUUAUCUCUUCAGGUACGUGUUGUCCGCAUUAGCAUUUUAUCUCUUCAGGUACGUGUUGUCCGCGUUAGCAUUUUAUCUCUUGAGGUACGUGUUGUCCGCAUUAGCAUUUUAUCUCUUCAGGUACGUGUUGUCCACAUUAGCAUUUUAUCUCUUCAGGUACGUGUUGUCCGCGUUAGCAUUUUAUCUCUUCAGGUACGUGUUGUCCGCGUUAGCAUUUUAUCUCUUGAGGUAUGUGUUGUCCUUGUUAGCAUUUUAUCUCUUGAGGUACGUGUUGUCCUUGUUAGCAUUUUAUCUCUUGAGGUACGUGUUGUCCGCGUUAGCAUUUUAUCUCUUCAGGUACGUGUUGUCCGCAUUAGCAUUUUAUCUCUUCAGGUACGUGUUGUCCAUGUUAGCAUUUUAUCUCUUGAGGUACGUGUUGUCCGUGUUAGCAUUUUAUCUAGUGAGGUGAAUGUUAUCCAUGUUAGCAUAUUAUCUCUUGAGGUGAAUGUUGUCCAUUUUAGCAUUUUAUCUAUUGAGGUACGUGCUGUCCGCGUUAGCAUUUUAUCUCUUGAGGUACGUGUUGUCUGCGUUAGCAUAUUAUCUCUUGAGGUACGUGUUGUCCGCGUUAGCAUUUUAUCUCUUGAGGUACGUGUUGUCCGUGUUAGUAUUUUAUCUCUUGAGGUGAAUGUUGUCCAUGUUAGCAUUUUAUCUCUUGAGGUACGUGUUGUCCGCGUUAGCAUUUUAUCUCUUGAGGUACGUGUUGUCCGUGUUAGCAUUUUAUCGCUUGAGGUACAUGUUGUCCACGUUAGCCUUUUAUCGCUUGAGGUACAUGUUGCCUGUGUUAGCAUUUUAUCUCUUGAGGUAAGUGUUAUCCGUGUUAGCAUUUUAUCUCUUGAGGUAAGUGUUAUCCGUGUUAACAUACUAUCUAUUGAGGUGAAUGUUAUCCAUGUUAGAAUAUUAUCUCUUGAGGUAAGUGGUGUCCGCGUUAGCAUUUUAUCUCUUGAGGUAAAUGGUGUCCGUGUUAACAUACUAGCAUGUCUUUAUGAAUCAUUCAAACUGAUGGUCUGUUAGUUGCCAUAAAAUGGUUCUGUUUAUUCCUUUUCCAGAGCUUCAUUCUAAAUUUCUUAUUUCUCUCUUAACCAUGUAGCAAUGACUUUAUAUGACUGUAAUAUCAGCUGGAACAAAAAUAGACAUGGAUAAUAGGCACAAAAAUAGACACUUAUUAGAGGUAAUGAUUCAACGGCUCAUUAAACGAAAGCGCAGAUUAAAAACUCUGGGAUGUUCAGCAGUACUGGAGUACUUUGUCGUAUGAGGGUGAAUUCCCACCUCAUGUCCAGCGUUCCAGGAUAAAGUGGUUACAGAAGAUGAAUGAAUGAAUGAAUGAAUGAAUAAUAUUAUGAAGAAUAUAUUCUGAAUAACUGGAAUAGAAGAAGAAUACAUGCGAAUGCUUCUUACAUUUCUUUCUACAGAACAAAGUUUAAAGGAAAAGUCCACCCUGAUCGUCUUACUUAAUUAAUAUUAAUCUUUAUGAUUAACAUGCGAUCUUCUUGGGCGUCCCAGAUUUAUU